AUGUCGGGGUAUGCACAACAACUGCCAGACUCAAAUACAAGUAGCGAGAAUGAUGACAAUGCUACGUUCUGUGAUGAUGUAUCAUUGGAGCAUCGAAUAAAGCGAACGUUAGGUCACUCUCCAAAUCCCUGGAGGGCUCAGUCUGCCACCGAUGGGCCAGUAGAUGAAAAAUCGCCAACAAAACGGGAAAUAGAAGAGGGACAGCAUCAUCGUCAUUAUCCUAUUACCGGUGUACAAGAGCAGUUUCCAGAUCCAUCUGGUCUUUUCCAACAAGUUGGGGAUAUUGGCAUUGGUGGCCAGACCGCGUUUGCUCAAAAACUCGAACAACAUGAUGUUGGCAGAAAUCCACGCAAGCAGGAGCAGGCAGCAGAACCAAUCGGCAGCAUACCACUUCUGGGAGGGCAAGAAAGAACAGAAUUGACUCAGAAUGCCACAAAGCUCCAAGAGAAUUCAGAAGCCUCCAUUGGCUCGAUUAAUGCAAUUGAUUCCAGCCAAAUGAUGAGAGAUUUCCACGCAGCCUUGCAACAAAUUGAAGCCUUACAGGCCAUACUAGAUGCACAAGGGCUGUUGCCUACAACAAAAGCAGGGCAGCAGGGCAUUCAGGAUCCACACGACAACUCAACACAAACACCGAGGGGCCAUCAAAUGUCCUCAGGAGGGAUAAAUUCAAAGAGGCCAGGGAGCGAACACAGAAUAAACACUGGCAGCACGGUGCUGGAGGAACCAGCCAAUCCCAAGAGCAACAAUCAGUCGCCAGGAAAUAAUGGCAACAACACACCAUUGGACAGUCCCUUGGUACAGCAGCAGCAACAACAACAGCAAAUUCGACAAGUCACAUCAGAGCUGAAUCAAACCAAACAAGCCUUGCUAAGCCGUGAUCGGGAAGUGAAACGGCUUCGACAAGAGCUAGAGCAAACCAAAAUUGAGAAACUAGCACAAGCCAAGGAGAUUCGACGCCUGGGGAUGGAGCUACAAGAGUGGCGGGGUCUUGCUGGAGCACCCCGAGCAGCAGCACACAACUCGGACGCAGCAGCGUCACCUACACAUGACGCUACGAUUGUGGACCGGUUGACACGGAUACGAGAUGCUGCAGACCGUGCUUCUCUCGUCAAGGAUCACCAUCGAGAGAUUGUCCGUUUGAAAGGAAAACACGAAGCCGCUAUCCAAAAACUCAAUAGCCAACAUGAGGAAAGGCUCCAGAACUCAUUGCAAUCCACAAAAACGAUAUUGUCACAAAAGCACAAAGAGAUACUAGAGGGACUUCAAGAGGCUUUUGAUCGGAACAUGACAAACAUGGAAACGCGACAUGGGGAAGAAAUAGAACGGUUGAAAAAGGAGAUCCAGCAAGGCGCGACUUUGUCGGAUGAACUACUAGAGGCAUCCCUGUCAAAGAUCAACUCUGGCAAUCAGCUCCUGGCAAGUGAGAUGGCAAAGAAUGGGGAAUUGAAGGCGACUAUCAAACAAUUGGAGCAACAGCUGGUGUGUGAUAAAGCAGAACUAUCCGACGUGCACGCCGAUCAGAUGGAAUCUAUGAAAAAGGAUUGGGAAGAGCAGCGAAAUGUCAUGCUGGAUACUAUGCAACAAGAGUUCAAUGAUUUCUUUCAGCAAAAGAGGACUGGGAGUCCCCACUCACCCACUGUCUUUCGGUUUUCAGCAGCAGCAGCAGGAGAGCCAGCCAAUGAUAGCUUGCUGGAGAUGCGUGAGAUUCCACAUUCCAGCAGCAACUCGAGCCCAAAGCUACCUUCCGCAUAUACCGGCAUGGACCAGGAACUGCUCGAGACGGAAGCAUUGGUCCAUGGACUACUAGGGAAUGUCUCCUAG